CAAAAAUCAUUGUACAAGAAGAGAGAGUGGACAUGACUGCUUCACGUUUCACUAUUUGAAAAAAUACUGUACAAAGUAUACGAGUAACUACUGCUGAGCUACACAGACUCGCGCAACCUAGGUCAUCACACAGUAGCGUUAGAUAUUGAUUUAUACUGAUUCAAGAUGCUUCGUCACCUCGCCUCUGCGCUCAGCCGUAGAAUACCGGCGCAAAGCAAUCAGAAGCUCAGCGCUUUCGGCAGUCUACUGAGUAAACGUUCCAAGAGUACACUAGCCAACACAACCGUCGAUGUUCACAGUGUGUUGCCUGCGUCUCUAUUGAGCAGUGCUAAAGCUACUGGACAGCUUCUCAGUUCUAAGCAUGCCUAUAGCACUGAGGCAUUGGUAGCCGACGAGGAUAUCGAACAUCAGGCCGAAACUAAAAUAACGACAAUCAGUACAGGUUUGAGAGUGGCAACCGAGUGCACCGGUGGCGAAACAGUUACUGUGAGUUUGUGGAUCGAUGCAGGCUCGCGGUUUGAGACACCCGAAACGAAUGGCACGGCUCAUUUCCUCGAGCAUAUGGCGUUUAAAGGCACCUCCUCGCGCACACAGAAUGGUCUGGAGAUUGAAAUAGAGAACAUGGGCGGACACCUGAACGCCUACACAUCGAGAGAAACUACCGUGUACUACGCCAAGGUGCAAAAGCAAGAUGUUGAGAAGGCCAUGAAUAUUCUGGCGGAUAUUCUGCAGCAGUCGACUCUGCCGCCAAAUCAGAUUGAACGUGAGCGAAGCGUUAUUCUGCGUGAAAUGGAGGAGGUCAACAGCAAUAUGGAGGAAGUGGUGUUCGAUCAUUUACACGAGACCGCAUUCGGCGAUUCUCCGCUCGCUGCCACUAUUCUCGGGCCGGUACAGAACAUUCAAUCAAUCACUCGCACAAUGCUCAAGGACUAUAUCACCAAGAAUUAUGUUGCACCCCGUAUCGCUCUGGUGGCUGUCGGAGGUGUCGACCAUGCUGAUAUCGUUGCACAAGCUGAACGUCAAUUGACUGUUUUCCCCCGGGACGACAAUGUGGUGAAAUUGACGAAGCCCAAAUUUUUAAGUAGGGACAUGCACACAAUCGAUGACAAGCAAGAUCUAGCGCAUGUUGGUAUCGGAUUCGAAGGUUCUGCGUGGUCAAAUCCCGACUUUUUCGAACUUAUGAUCGCCGCCACUAUCGUUGGUAAUUGGAAUAGAGCCUUCGGCCAUGGAGCCAACGUGACAUCCCAACUCGCGAAGAACCUGGGCACUCGUGGACUAGCCCAUUCAUACAUGGCCUUCCACACCUGCUACAACGACACUGGACUGUGGGGCGUGUACAUAACCGCAGACAGAGACACCCUCCCCCAAGCGGUGGUCGAGGUACAGCGGGAAGUUGUGCGCCUGUGCGAAGAGGUGACGGAAGAGGAGGUGGAGGCCGCUAAGCUCAAGUACAAAACGCAAACGCUCAUGUCCUUGGAGAACACCACUGCCAUAAGCGAAGAGAUUGGGCGGCAAUUGCUGUCACUCGGUCGACGCAUGACUCCUGCAGAGACUGUCGCGCGGAUAGGAGCCGUAACUGCCCAGAGCGUGAAGGAGGCAAUGCACAAGUAUGUGUAUGAGAAGGAUCCGGCUGUUGUUGGAAUCGGGCAAGUCCACUACCUUCCCAAAGCAUCAAGCUUAAGAGCUUCGCCUUCCUUCCUGCCGCCGGCGGUAUAGACGGACCUGGCUACUAAUUUACUUACCAAGUUCCUGCAGCAGCAACUGUUUUUGGAUUAUUGAGCUUUUGUGAUUAGGCCUUUAUGGUUAAGCAAGGGUGCAAUGGCCGGGGACGAGACGAAAAUGGAAACGUCACACAUUGACUUUUUUAUCCCAUGAGUACUUUGUUGCGACACAGACGAUAUCCGCUCACGUAACUGUGGAAGGGUAUACAACCCCUUAGCAGAGGUGCGUAUCGUGAAGUAGUGGGAUGGCUAGUAGGAAUUUUGAAAGUAGUGUUAUCCGAUCGUAGUAGAAGCGGGUAUCGUACCUCAGUGCAAAUCUUAUGCCGCGAGUAGCGUGCAGUUAAACGCCUUUCAUGAAAUAAGGAAGAAGUGACGGACAACUCUAUUUGUCGCAUAGAAGUGAUCGCAACUGAUUAGCGCUGUCAUUAACGAUAAUGUACACUACUAUUAGUAAUGUAUGGCAAGGCAUAUUAAUAAACUUUGCAACACAGAACUCAAUGCGAGUGUAGCUCUCCUCGAAGCUGAUGUGAAAAGAGUAUUGCGCCACAAUGAGGAUUAUCACAAGGCUUCUCAGGUUGGACUUGAGGUU